AUGCCGCCGCGCAACUCACGAUCUCCGUCACCACCACCGUCAUUGCCAAUUGCGUCCAGCCCAGGCCCGCGCUUCCUUGCGCUCCAAAAGAUCUUCACCCAAGCCCUCACAUCAACCUUGAAGACCAGCUCCUAUGCCAAUUUCUCCAAAUGCUUUCCCACGCCUGCACAACAUUGUCCCACUGCACUGGAAGGAGUAUGGAAGCAACUGAACGCGAAGUUGGAAGAAGGGUGCAUGAAGGAAUUCGAAGCGAUCGUGUUUGAGAAGAAGGUGAUUGAGGGGUUGAAUGGCUGGGAUGCGGUGGUUGAGGAUGCGAAGAGGAGGAUCGCCAGAGGUGUUGAAGGGGAGGAGGUGCACAGGGCACCACAUACGUUGUCAGUGGAGGAGUUGCACAUUGCACACCUUACGCCCUAUCUACAGCAGGCUACAACGAUGCUGGAGGCGAGGUUGAAAGACACCCAAGAGGAGAACGGGACGCUGAUGCGGAGAAUUACGGAACAACGGGUGGAGAUGGAGAAUCUUGUACAGGGGUUAGAAGGAGUUGUGGCAGAUCUCGAGGAUAGCAUUGAAGCUAUGAGAGACGAUGGGGAAGGAGGUGUGGAUGGAUUGAGAGCUGAGAUAUGGGAAAUGGAGGGUGAGAUGCGGGGCCGCUGCUAA